GCGGUAGCCGAUGGACUCAAGGGUAUCGGAGCUGUUCGGCGGCUGCUGCCGGCCCGGAGGGGUCCCGGCCAUGGGCGGAACCCACAAAGCUAAGGGGGCCGGUGGCAGCAGCGGCUGCGGGGGCCCAAAGGGGAAGAAGAAGAACGGACGAAACAGAGGAGCCAAAGCCAACAACCCUCCAUACCUACCCCCCGAGGCAGAAGAUGGAAACAUUGAAUAUAAACUGAAGCUGGUGAAUCCGUCCCAGUACCGCUUUGAGCACCUGGUGACACAAAUGAAGUGGCGGCUCCAGGAGGGACGUGGUGAGGCUGUCUACCAGAUUGGGGUGGAGGACAAUGGGCUGCUGGUGGGGCUGGCUGAGGAGGAGAUGCGGGCCUCCCUCAAGACCCUGCACCGCAUGGCAGAGAAGGUUGGGGCAGACAUCACUGUUCUUCGGGAGCGAGAAGUGGAUUAUGAUAGUGACUUGCCCCGAAAGAUCACGGAGGUGCUGGUACGAAAGGUCCCUGACAACCAACAGUUCCUAGAUCUCCGUGUGGCUGUCUUGGGGAAUGUGGACUCAGGGAAAUCGACCUUGCUUGGAGUCCUGACGCAGGGAGAGUUGGACAACGGGCGGGGUCGAGCCCGGCUCAACCUUUUCCGUCACCUGCAUGAGAUUCAGUCUGGUCGAACCUCCAGCAUCAGCUUUGAGAUCCUGGGCUUUAACAGCAAGGGAGAGGUGGUGAAUUACAGUGACUCACGGACGGCUGAAGAGAUCUGUGAAAGCAGCUCCAAGAUGAUUACCUUCAUCGACCUGGCAGGCCACCACAAGUACCUGCAUACCACCAUCUUUGGCCUCACCUCCUACUGCCCCGACUGUGCCCUCCUCCUUGUCAGUGCCAACACUGGGAUUGCCGGCACCACACGGGAACAUCUAGGGCUGGCCCUGGCCCUGAAAGUGCCCUUCUUCGUCGUGGUCAGUAAAGUGGACCUGUGUGCCAAGGCCACAGUGGAGAGGACAGUACGCCAGCUGGAGAGGGUCCUCAAGCAGCCUGGCUGCCACAAGGUCCCCAUGCUGGUCACCUCUGAGGAUGACGCUGUCACUGCUGCCCAGCAGUUUGCUCAGUCACCCAACGUCACGCCAAUUUUCACACUGUCCAGUGUGUCUGGGGAGAGCCUGGACCUCCUCAAAGUCUUCCUAAAUAUCCUGCCACCACUCACCAACAGCAAAGAGCAGGAGGAGCUCAUGCAGCAGUUGACAGAAUUCCAGGUGGAUGAAAUCUACACAGUACCAGAGGUGGGGACUGUUGUUGGAGGAACACUUUCCAGCGGGAUUUGCCGUGAGGGGGACCAGCUGGUGGUGGGUCCCACGGACGACGGCUGCUUCCUGGAGCUGAGAGUAUGUAGCAUCCAGCGCAACCGCUCUGCCUGUCGUGUGCUGCGAGCUGGGCAGGCUGCUACGCUAGCCCUGGGGGACUUUGACCGAGCACUGCUGCGCAAGGGCAUGGUGAUGGUGAGCCCGGAAAUGAAUCCCACCAUCUGCUCAGUGUUCGAGGCUGAAAUAGUCCUGCUGUUCCAUGCCACUACCUUUCGGCGAGGGUUCCAGGUGACAGUCCACGUGGGCAACGUGCGUCAGACAGCAGUAGUGGAAAAGAUCCACGCGAAGGACAAGCUGCGGACGGGGGAGAAGGCAGUGGUACGUUUCCGGUUCCUGAAACACCCAGAGUACCUGAAGGUGGGCGCCAAGCUGCUGUUCCGGGAGGGUGUCACCAAGGGCAUCGGCCACGUCACUGAUGUGCAAGCCAUCGCAGCAGGCGAAGCCCAGGCCAGCAUGGGCUUCUGAGUCUCCCAAGCACAGAAAGCUCUCUUGCUGUCCCUACACAAUACAUAAGGUCGCUUCCGGCCAUGCUGCCCACUGUCGGCGGCUCUGUGUGGUAAUAGGCUAGGGAAAGGAGUGCCCUGGGUCACUUACUUCCUGCUGCCUUUCUGGUGAGGCGGAGCUUGGUGUGCCCAGGUAGGGGCAGUCCUGAGGGAGAAGACAACUUAGGGCAGUGCUCAGCACUGCUCAGCCCACCUGGCUGGCUCACUGACCCUGGCAACCACACGGCCUGUCUUCUGGAAGGAACUGACUUCAGCCACCUUGGCCCACUCUCAGGACUGGGCAAGACUCACCAGUGUGCUGCCUGCACUUCAGGAAUUGUCACAACCAGGGUGGUCCUCAAAAGCGCUGCUUUUUUCUAUACCUCUUCUCAAGGCUAUGUAAGUUGCCCAUCUACCUGACUGUGGACAAAGGACAUUGCAUCUGGCCAUGUGGUGGCCUCAGGGUCUGAAGAAUAACACACAAACAGUGAAUGGCAGGCCGUGCUCCCACCGUGUGCUGAGACAUGAGGCCUGUUCCUCGGCUUUAUCUCCCUUCUUCACUUAAGGGCCAUUCUCCCAGAUCCUCUUCUCAUAGGCCCCACAGGUGCUAUUUGUGGUACUGGCCCAGGAGUGGGGCUGCCAAGUAGAGACAGCACACCAAAGGCCAGCUCAUGUCAGUCAGCGUCUUUUCCUCUGCUGGCUUUUAUGCUAGAUCAAAUGUAGGUUUUCCUUUUCGAACCUUGGCUGCAGGGCCUGACCCAGUUCUGCAUCCGCCCACCCUCAUCCCCCUUCCUGCACCCACAGACGUUUUCUCUUGUUUUAAUUAUUUGCAGUGACCAUCCCCUAACCUCGUUGCAGGGAACUAGGAGGAAAGGGACAGAUGUCAUAUUUCCUACUCUUAAGCAUGGGCUCCCUCCUUUCCCUUUGUUAAUGUCCUGGGUUCCCAUGGACUCAGGGAUUUGUUGGUUGAGGAGUCUUUGCAUACACACACACACACACACAUAUAUAUAUGUACAUAAAUAUUUAAAUGCACAUAUAUAUUGUACAGAAUAAAAAUGUUUUAUUGAA